AUGCCUUCAUCAAAUUACCGCGUCGUUGAGCCUCAUCCUUCGGUACCCCAUGCGGGUCGCCCUGCGGUUUACACUGGCCGUGGAGGAUGCGGAAACGUCGUCAGCUUGAAGAACACCAAGAUCUCCGAUUCGCGCACCGCGACUGGUCCUGCUUCUUUGACUCGCCUCGACUCCCGUGCACCAACAACCUUCAUUUCCGGCCGUGGUGGAGCCGGCAACGUCCACAGCAGCAGUGAGCGCGCCAUCUUCAGCUUCGACGAAGAGCUCGAGCGUGAUCUGCGCCGUGCUGCCCCCGUCUACCACGUCGGCCGAGGCGGUGCCGGAAACACAGCCUUCCGUGACGACUCCAGCAGCUCCAGUCUGAGUCGCAAGUACUCUGCCGCCAGCACGGCCACCAAUUCCAGCACUGGUUCCGUCGCUGACCGUGCUCGCGACAUGGCCCGCCGUGGUCUCGAGAAGGGCUGGGGCAAGCUCAAGGGUACUGCCUAA